AUGUCUGGUAUCGAUGCAUGUAUCAAGGUCGCACAGUUGACCGCUGCAGCAGGCGAAAUGGCUCCGUUUCCCUUUAUCAAAGGUGCUGCCGAAUGUGUGGUCCUCGUACUCGAGUCCAUCAAGGGCGUCUCGAAGAAUAAGAAGGAUAUGCAAGAAUUGGCUGAAAGUAUCGUCGCUAUACUGGUUGAUAUAAGGGACACCAUCAUCGAACAUGGUCCGACUAGUGCCACGCGUUUUCAGACGAUCUGCGUCGAGUAUCAGACGCGUAUAACUGAUCUCCUUUCCGAGCUGAACAGCAAACGCAGGUCUCCACAGGGAAUCUGGAAAUACUUGAGAGCCACGAAGGUCUCGGAUGAUAUCAACGAUUUACAGCAGCGAGUACGGGCGAUUCAGAAGUCCUUCCUGGUCCGUACGGCGACCAUGACACAACUAGCCGUCUCCGAUGUUCAGGAUCAAGUUGCCGCAGGAUUCAGCACUCUGACUGGUUCCGUUGAGGCGUCGGAGAGGCAAAUCACAUCAACCAUCAAGGAAAAUAUCGACGAGAUACGCACCUUGGGUGCUCGGCAGAGCGAAAACAUGGAAAAUCUUUCGACAAGAUUACUACAGGCUUCUCAUCAACGGGGUCUUUAUAAGGGGCUGCUACCAAUACUGGAGAUCGAAAGUCAACGCUUACUAGCUUUUGACUUUCGACUCCAGACCUGGCAUUCUCCGCUGCGCUACGCAACCUGCUCUCAACAGGUUAUGGGCCCCGCGCCUUACUAA